AGCGGCUGAAAAUCAUCACGCAUGCUCAGUUGAGUUUUCACGUAAACAGCAGGAAGCUUAGCUGAAAUUCACUGAAACAGGUGGCAUGGAGCGGUGAUGUGACCCCCCCCCCCCUCCGGAGCAGAGAGCAGGGUGCCGUUGCCAUGACGGAGUGCUUCCUGCCUCCCAGCAGCAGCCCUGGGGAGCAGCGGCGGGCGGAGCACCCGGGGAGUGUGGCCCGCACGCCCAGCUCUGAGGAGAUCAGCCCCACCAAGUUCCCGGGCCUGUACCGCGCAGGCGAGCACUCGCCCCCCCACGAUGGCCACCACCACGAGCCCCCCGACGCCGCCUCGGACGACGACAGGGAGCACAGCAAGAAGAAGAACAAGUUUAAGAAGAAGGAGAAGCGGACCGAGGGCUACGCUGCGUUCCAGGAGGACAGCUCGGCCGACGAGGCGGAGAGCCCGUCCAAGAUGAAGCGCUCCAAGGGCAUCCACGUCUUCAAGAAGCCCAGCUUCUCCAAGAAGAAGGAGAAGGACUUCAAGGUGAAGGAGAAGCCCAAGGAGGAGAAGACCAAGGACAAGAAGUCCAAGGACCUGACGGCGGCCGACGUGGUCAAGCAGUGGAAGGAGAAGAAGAAGAAGAAGAAGCCCAUUGCUGAGCCGGAGCCGGUUGUCGUGGAGAUGCCGUCGCCACGUCCCGUCUUCGGGGCGCCGCUGGUCGACGUGGUGAAGAGGACCUCGCUGUACGAUGGCAUCCGGCUGCCUGCCAUCUUCCGGGAGUGCGUGGACUACAUUGAGCGCUACGGCAUGAAGUGCGAGGGCAUCUACCGCGUCUCAGGGAUGAAGUCGAAGGUGGACGAGCUGCGGGCGGCGUACGACCGGGAGGAGUGCCCGUGCCUGGAGGAGUACGACCCGCACACGGUGGCCAGCCUGCUGAAGCAGUACCUGCGCGAGCUGCCCGACAACCUGCUGGGCCGCGAGCUGGCGCUGCGCUUCGAGGACGCCUGCAGCCGGCCCACCGAGGCCGACAAGGUGCAGGAGUUCCAGAGGCUCCUGGCCGAGGUGCCCCCCUGCAACCACCUGCUGCUCUCCUGGCUCAUCACCCACAUGGACCACGUCAUCAGCCGGGAGCCCGACACCAAGAUGAACAUCCAGAACAUCUCCAUCGUCCUCAACCCCACCGUGCAGAUAGGGAACAGGGUCCUGUAUGUGUUCUUCACCCACGUGCGGGAGCUGUUUGGAGAUGUGGUUCUGAAGCCGGCCAUCCGGCCGCUGCGCUGGUCCAACAUGGCCGCCAUGCCAGUGCUCCCUGAGACACAGGAGAGCAUCAAGGAGGAGAUCCGCCGACAGGAGUUCCUGUUGAACUGCCUGCACCGAGAUCUGCAGGGGGGGGUGAAGGAUCUCUCCAAAGAGGAGCGUCUCUGGGAGGUGCAGCGCAUCCUGACUGCUCUCAAACGCAAGCUACGCGAGGCGAAGAGACAGGAGUGUGAGACUAAGAUCGCUCAGGAGAUCGCCAGCCUCUCCAAGGAGGACGUGUCCAAAGAGGAGAUGACAGAGAAUGAGGAGGAGGUCAUCAACAUCCUCCUGGCUCAGGAGAACGAAAUCCUAACAGAACAGGAGGAGCUCAUCUCCCUGGAGCAGGUUCUGCGCAGACAGAUCGCCACGGAGCGGGAGGAGAUCGAGCGACUGCGCGCGGAGAUCGCAGACAUCCAGAGUCGCCAGCAGGGGAGGAGUGAGACAGAGGAGUACUCCUCAGACAGUGAGAGUGAGAGUGAAGAUGAGGAGGAGUUGCAGAUCAUCCUGGAGGACCUUCAGAAGCAGAACGAGGAGCUAGAGAAUAAGAACACACACCUGAACCAGGCCAUCCAUGAGGAGCAGGAGGCCAUCAUCGAGCUGCGCGUGCAGCUGCGUCUGCUUCAGAGCCAGCGGCUGCAGCAGGAGCAGUCUGCGCAGCCAGCGCAGCCCCCACAGCCACCGCAGCCCAGCCCCGAAGCCCUGCCGGAGGAGCCCGCCAAGCACGUCGCCGCUGCAACCCAGCCACCCCUCGCUGCUGCCGCUGCCAUCGCCACCGCCGCCACGCCAACCACCACCGCGCCCCCCAGGGACGCCCCUGCCAACGGAAAACCCGCCGCAGAGUCCCUCAAACCGUCCCCCAGCAAGGACCGCCGCGAGACCAACCUGUGAGCCCCUCCGCGGCCACCGUCGCCAUCCUCACCAACGCCCGCUCCUACCCUGACCGCGCUGUCUGGAAGAACUGGUGCUGUGCUGCUGUCGCUGUGAAGGAUGGAGGGAUGGAGGGAGGGAGGGAGAGAGAGAUGGGGAGACGGGGAAAGGACAGAGCUGGCUUUAGAAAAGGAAGAGGCGGGAAGCCAGGAACACUUCAUAGUUUCACCCAAGUGAAGGGCUUAAUACAGGCCAGUGGAAAAUCCCACAAAGACCCAAGAUAAUCCCACGUUUAAAGUGUGAUUGUUGUAUUGAUAGUCCCACAGCGUAGGUUUGUUCAGCGUGAUUGUCCUGUCCUUUCUACUGCUUUAAGCCGUUUGUGAAACUAAAGGAGAAUCACCCAUUGAUCAUCCGUUGUAAUUGCAUUAAUGAAUAUUUUACUAAUGCGGUUGUACUUUUAGAUGCUUUUGUCUUGCGGAUAUAUGGUAUCUAAAUCCUUGUGACAGAAUCUCUGGUGGCUGCUAACGCUAAUGCAAUGGCAGCUCGUUUUCCAGUGCUUUAGGUGGGCUUCUCAUUUUGUCUGUGACUCUGAUCUACAGUGUAGUGGAGUAGCCUUGUUCGUCUGGUCCUUGCCCCAGUGUCUGCGUUAAUCUCUUGCUGAAUGCAUUCCUUCUGGAUUAAUGACUUAUUUAAACGAUAAAACGAGCAGCUCCUGCGAAGCUGCAGUGAACUCAGUGUGAUGCAGCCGCAGCGGUCUACAGUGUGAAAAUGUGAAUGUCUGGAUCCGAGGAGUACCCCAGCAGAGGUGCUCCCUGGCCCUCAACCACAGGCCUGUCAUCACUAUUGGGUAUUUUCUGGAUGAAUGUGAUUCACCCACACAGAUGGAGAUUUGUCUGAUUAAGAGCCACUAAAUCAUGCUGUGAAGACUAAACACAGGUCUGACUGUCUUUGACUCGCAACAGGGGUGGAAUGCCACAGGUUAGACCGUCUUUGACUUGUAUCAGGACUGGAAUGUGACCGGUUAGAUUGUCUUUUGACUCAUAACGGGUGGAUUGCCACAGGCUAGAUUGUCUUUGACUAAUAAGAGGGGGGAAUGCCACAGGCUAGAUUGUCUUUCACUAAUAACGGGUGGGAUGCCAGAGGUUGGAUUGUAUUUGACUUUUAAGAGGGGUGGAAUGCCACAGGUUAGAUUGUCUUUGACUUGUAUUAUGGGUGCAGUGCCACAGGUUAGUUUGUCUCAAACAAACCCAAUAUUUUUGAUGAUUCAUGGCUCAAACAUGGCUGUCUGAAAGGUAUGGGGGAAUCCAGUCCCCUGUAUUUUGUAAAAGUAUUCAUAAAAUUGACUUUGACACGACCCUAAGCUCUACCAUGACAAACAAGAAGUGCUUCAAAUAAACAUGGGUGUGUUCCUUUCCUCUUACAGUAAUGGAACAAAAUGGAUUGGCUUGUGUUCAAAAAACAGACAUGACAGUGUGUGUGUUUGACCUUUUCCAGGAUUCCCCUUGUUUUGACAUCUGUGUGAUUGGUAAGUGCCGCAGUCCUGUGUGGAAAUGCAUGUACAACACGCGUGUAAAAGGGGUAACCAUCAGUAGCACAUCCAGCAGUCCUAUUGCCUCAAGAUCCUCUUGUUCUCUUUCAAUUUUGACAGUUUUCUUUGAAUGCUACAACUGUGCUGAUUUAAAAACAGAGGUUACUAGCAAUCUUGUGUGCUCAUUGCAUUUUCACUCCUAUCACUGUCCAGUCAAAAUAUAAACAAAGUUUGUUGAGUCAAAUUGCAUAUUCUGUUUGUUCAUUUGUAUUUAAAUGAUCUAUACUUGGCCAACUUAAGCUUGCCUCAUUAUUUUCAUACCAAUAUAUUUUGUAGCUAAUCAUUGUCAACUGACCGAAUGAUGCAGCAAAGAAUAAAGUGUUGUUCUUAAACUUCCUUU